AUGGUUCGAGGCACCGGAUCCGAGUCCACACGUAGACGCCAGUUCUCAAGCUGCGAUCUCUGCCGCAAAUCGCGCAUCGCAUGCGAUGCUGCUCAGCUGCAGGACCAGCAACUCGCAGUUUCCGAAGGCCGCGCUUCCAGAAGACAAGCUUCAGGGAUUCCUGACGCCAUUCCGGCGCGAGUUCAGUGCACCAACUGUUCGAAGCGGGCUGUGCCCUGCACAUACGAGUGGAUUCAGAGUCGUGCAAGCAAGAAUGCAACUGCCGCUGUCAGGCAGAGCGAUAGGCCAAAGAUCCGUCGCUCUGAUCGUCGCUCGGUUCCGAAUCGCUCUCGGACGGCUGCUGCUACGGGGACUGUGACGAGUGAUCCAGAACCAGCUGGAGAUGAAGGACAUCUUGAAGACAGUCUUAUUCAAGCUAUCGGGGCGGAAAAUGCAAGAAGCUCGCAUCUGACACCGAACGCCGAACUAUCACGACAAACAGAGGCCGUGGCCCUGCACGACCAGCUUUGGAAGGUCUUCACUCUCAUCUUUGAGCCCGUCCUCACACUUUGGACUGGGCCUGAUUGCAGUCCAUAUGUGGUUCCUGAUCAUAUGUCUAGCUUGACGAUGCUUCAGCUGGUUGUCUCGCUGGACUGGGCAACUUGUGAAGGCGACACCAGUCAUGCCUCAGCUCGCCAUGUCUGCCCAAGAUGCGAUCGUGAUGUUCGCCUAGCACUCAUCGCUUCCGUUCACGCAUUUUCCCUACGCUGGCUGCCGCUGGUGACGGACAGCGCAAUCGAUAGCAAGCAACUCAGGCUGCUUGGUGAUCGGCUUUGGCACAAUGCCAAGUCCAGAGUGCUCUCCAUCUUCGAUAAGUUGAGCUACCAGACAGUUCUGGCUCUGUAUCUCUUUGGGCUUACUCCAAUUUGCGAGGCGGUCUCGAUGGAUGUAGAGAACGCUCACAGCGCUGGCGAGGUCAGCGUCGACAUGGCCCUCCGUCACGUCCACAGACUGAGAGUGAAGAGACGAGAUCUCAGAUUCUCCGGGACGAAUCUCUCGGUCGGUCGAAGAGACGGACGAGGUUCCGGCACCCACGUCGCCGUCAACGAAGACUUCAUCCAUGCCGAGAACAUGAUGUACUGGGCCGGCGUCGUGUUUGACACUUCUUCGGCCAUGACCAGAGGGUGUCCGUCCAUCCUCUGCAGCGGAGUGUUUGGCUUUGAAGAGGAGCCUAUAUUCCGCCUCAUGAAGGCUCGGGUUCAGCUAUUCCACGAGAGCACAGAGCCGUGGCGACAGCAUGGAUUUGUUCCAACCAGUCAAUCUACGCUUUACAUCGUUCAUCGAGCGUCGACCUGGAAAGGAUACACCUGGAAAAUAAUCGGUGCGCUGCGAGAAGCGAUCAACCAUGGCUACGACGAGUCUGUCAUUACGAGACUAAGAGUGCUUAUCAGCCAGGCCCUGGAGCGCUUCGACAGAACCUUUAAGCCACUCCUGACCGCCUGCGAGCAUCAUGUCUUGUUUCUCAGCAAGGAUGCUCAACUAUGUUAUUACCUUUUGCAGUUGCACUACCACAUGGGACUACUCCUUCUGUGUAGUAUCGCCGUCUCAAUCGAAAGGCUAAAUCUCGUCCCUAACUUUGACACUCUUCGGCGUGAAUCUGUUCAUGCAAUCUUCAGCACGCUCAGCUUCGGACUGAGGUGCCAGGUAGCUCUCAACCAGGACGGGACACAGCGUAACCGCAGGCUGUCCUCGUUGAUCAGCUUGGAUCCGUAUCCGCACCAUAUCCUCGCGUCGCUACAGCUGUCUGCUGACGUUUUACUGGUCUACCUGGAGAGAGACGAAAUUGCGCAAGACUCAUUUGAUAGUUCUUGUCAUAUUGUCUUUGAAGCGCUUGAUGAGCUGCCCCAGAGCUUACAGUCAGUACAGAGGGUGAAGAAGCUCCUGCAUGAGAAAUUGGACAUACAUGGUGAGCACCUCGGUAUGAUUCCGAACGUGCGGCACGAACACCAGGUACACCAUAUGGAUGCCAUGUCUGAGACAAAUGGAUCGGGUUCAUCGUCGUCUAUCAACAUGCCAGAUGUCGACGAGGCAGGCCACAGCUGUCUCUCCAAGACACUGUUCGCUAGGCCUGCAGUGUGGCUCAGGUCGGAAGAUGUUUCUUAG